GUGUGAUGAGAAUAGUCAAACCAUAAUGGCGACUGCUGGAACAGCAGACUCGGGAUUAACAGCCCCGACAGGGACCAGCAGCAUCAGAAAAAUGGCCCCCUCAGAGAUGCCUGGCUCUUCAAGCACAAGUCAGAGUAUGAAGAAGACCAUUGGACAUCGUGGUGUUGAGACCACCACGGGAGAGACCACCUACAAAAAGACCACGUCAUCUGCCUUAAAAGGUGCCAUCCAGCUGGGGAUCACUCACACAGUUGGCAGCUUAAGUCAAAAGGCGGAGAGGGAUGUUCUCAUGCAGGACUUUGUGGUGGUCGAAAGCAUCUUCUUCCCCAGUGAAGGCAGUAACCUGACACCUGCUCAUCACUACAGUGACUUUCGCUUUAAGACCUAUGCUCCAAUUGCCUUUCGUUAUUUCAGAGAAUUGUUCGGCAUUCGGCCUGAUGACUACCUGUAUUCACUGUGUAACGAGCCUCUGAUUGAGCUGUCUAAUCCUGGAGCCAGCGGGUCACUGUUCUACGUCUCCAGUGAUGAUGAGUUCAUCAUCAAGACUGUUCAACACAAAGAGGCAGAGUUCCUCCAAAAACUCUUACCUGGAUACUUCAUGAAUAUAAACCAAAACAAACGCACUCUGCUGCCGAAGUUCUACGGACUGUACUGUGUUCAGGCAGGGGGCAAGAAUAUCCGUAUUGUAGUGAUGAACAAUCUUCUACCUCGGAUCAUCCCUAUGCACCUUAAAUAUGACCUGAAGGGCUCCACCUACAAGAGACGAGCUUCUCCAAAGGAGAGAGAAAGGCCUGUACCCAUUUACAAAGACCUUGACUUCAUCCAGGACUUGCCAGACGGCCUGCUACUGGAAGUGGACAACUACAAUGCUCUUUGCAAGACAAUACAGCGGGAUUGCUUGCUUUUACAGAGUUUCAAGAUUAUGGAUUACAGUCUCCUAAUGGGCAUCCACAACAUGGACCAGGCCAUUCGAGAGCGAGAACGUGGUGUUGGCAAUUCAGGGGACAUUGGUGGGCCAGAGGGAUCUGUGACUCCAGAUCAGCGCCGGCCACAAACCCAGAAAAGUCUCUACUGUACAGCCAUGGAAUCCAUCCAGGGGGAAGCUCGAGGGAAGGGAGCUUUAGAUUCAGAAGACCAGCCUCCUUUCUCCAGCAUGGGUGGUAUUCCAGCUCGUAAUAGUAAAGGCGAGCGAUUGCUCAUCUACAUUGGCAUCAUUGACAUUCUCCAGUCCUAUAGGUUUAUUAAGAAGUUGGAACACUCCUGGAAGGCCUUGGUCCAUGAUGGGGACACAGUUUCCGUCCACAGGCCUGGUUUCUAUGCAGAGCGUUUCCAGCAUUUUAUGUGCAACACAACAUUUAAGAAAAUUCCAUUAAAACCGUCGCCAUCUAAGAAGAGUCGUGGUGGAGGUCAGGGAGGUCUUAGGAGGGCCCCCACCCUCGGAGCUCCCACCCCGCUCUCCCAUGCGUCAGGACAGAUGUCUAUGGACUCCAGACUGGUGUACCACAGUCACUACAGAAGCACAGAGUCAGAGGCUGACAGUGGCAUCCAGUCAGGCAGACCUGAUCUUGUUCCGAGGACCCCUCCGCUAUUGGACAACCCUGCUGAUUGUGAGGCCAAUCUUUCCACUUCAUCACUUGGCAGCACAGGAGUUGCACCCACCUCUCCUCCACUGCGUUCUGUGGGAGUGGAAGUGCACAAAUCGGCAAACACAGAUCUUGACCAGGGUGGUAACCACAGUUUUGGGGUAGAAGGGGCUGCAGAUAAUUCUGGCAAUCUGUCUGGAAAUGAAGAUGUCGUUUCACUAUCUGACAUUGUCCCAGAGACCAACAUCUGUUUUUAAAAACAGACAUGGUGAAACGUAAGGAUGAGGUGUUUCUGGCCAAGUUGAGGUGGACAGAAGUAAGAAUGAAGAGAAUGAAGGUCGCCACAGAUGACCCUUCCCUGCACCUGUGUUGUUUUCUCACCCAUACCCACAGUAAACAUGGACCUCUGGGUGAUGCAGUAAGGUGCAGUGGAGGAUGCAACAGUGGGUUUGCAAUGAAAAAGGAAGGAAAAAUCAAGAGGCUGGUGUGUGGUAAGCCUGAGACUUUCCCAGCCAUCAGCAUUGUCACUGUGCAUACACAUUUGUCUGCACUUGUCCCAAAGCCCAAAUAUCUGUUAGGAACAACUUCUCCAUGAAGAGUUGGUCAUUGCGCCCAGUUUUAAAGCAUGAAGAGAUGUGACAGACAAGCUUUCAGAAGGAAUAUACACACUUAAGAACACACAAGGGGCGGAGCCUGUGUUUGUAUGGAUGAAUAUUUUCCUGUUUUUCAUGCUCUGUCCAAGUGGGUUCACAUUUCUGUGGCUCUAGAGUUUCUAUUACUGCACAUCCAGUUCCCCUCGGCACUGCUCAUGAUGAGGGGGACUCUGAGCAAUCAGUGGCCAGUGUUUAAAUCAACACAUGCUGCUGCUGACUCAGCAAUCAUUUAUGCAUUUCUUUUUCUUCUUUUUUUUUUACUGUUGAUAUAGAUUUGUUUGAAGUUGGACUUUGAAACUCCGAAGUGAUGUGUUGACCCUAUGGUAAUUUUUUUUUGGUUAAGUUGUUCUGCUGGAAGCCACAGUGGUGCUGCAAAGGUCCAAGGAGAUCUUGCCGCUGCUGAAUGUACAUUAGUGUUUUAUUAUGUAGAAUGUGUCUUAUUAACAUGGCAGACCACAUUUUUAGAACCCUGAAAAUCUCCCCCUCUGAUGAGACCAUAUGUGCUGAAGUAUACCAAGUGUGGCCCAGUCCCAUUUCUCAUGUUUACCUCUACCUCUUGCCCCCUGUCAUUAGGAACUGAUAAACAAGGGUUCGUGGUUAAAAUCUAUAUAAUCUACAUGUUGAUGACAAUGAAUAACGGUAACAUUAGUUUCCUUGGAAUCAGGGUAUUGUCUCAGAGCCUUUUAUUUAAAGUGAAAUUGUUCCGUUUGAAGGGUUAGUUAGCCCUCACAGUUCACCCUCUACCAACAAGCACUGGGACACCAUAGUCCUACACAUGGAUGUGCAAAAUGGAGGUGUAAGGCUAAGCAGUAGGGGCAAGAGGUGAAAUGGGAUUGAGCCAAGUGCCAAUAGCACUGCUGGCCACUAGAUGCUAUGAAUUGAAGUCAAGGUUUUUGGUUAAUAGGAGAGAAACAUUUAAGCUACUGUCUGUUGUCUGUCAUGUAUGUGCCUUUACAUGUUUGUUCCUCCCCAAACAUGACACAUAACUGACAUAACCACUCAGAGAAACCUGCCUUAUCACUACACCUAAAGCCAUCAAACUGCCAUUUGUAUGUUUGGACCAACCAGUGAGUUUUAAUUUUUAAUGAAAACACUAUUAAAAUCUCCUUUACAUUUAUGUCAAGUGUUGAGUCACCGUGGUUCAACAGCUCAGCUAAAACUUUUAACUCUCCUAACAUUGGACAGAAACUGUAUGUGAUUGAUAUUUGACUCAUUCAUUUCUGCUGGUUCUAGAAAUGACACACACUCACAUAUCCACUCUUGGACCAAUAUUAUGAAACAUUCUUUUUUAUUGCAUGUACUCCUAUUUAUCUUUAACUUGGCUAUUCAUAUAAAUUGGAUUUUUUCUUCCACAAACAGUAAAAACAACAAGGAUGUUGCUGGACUGGAAGUGUUUACCCCAUAAGAUGUUUCUGAUGCAGAAAUUUGAGUCUCUACCAAGUGAACUGUAGCAGAUCUCAGACUUUGUAUCAUUUCAUUUAACACAUUUAAGUUUGUUUAAUGCACAUGUGGUCUGUGCAGCAGAGAGGGAGAUAGGGGGAAAUGUGAGUUAUGAAAAGAGAAAGAAGGUAAAUUGUUCAUGGUUUAUCAGUGAAUGCACAUGUGAGGAUACAGGACUGAGUCUUUUGUAUUAUAAGCCAGCCGCGGCACCAAAGAAAAGAGCAGGGGCUUCCUGUAAAUGUUCACAAUCCAGUGCAGUUGACACAGAAAUGAAAUAAAACACUCCUGAACUGAAAUGUUUUAUAAGGUAAUAACACUGGGUUGACCUGGGUUUUAAGGAUCUGUUAUUAAACUGGAUUUCCUUUGCUGAAUAAUUUCAUGUCUGACAUAAACCUAGUGCCCGUAAAGAUUUAUUUUUCUUUAUCAAAGAAUGAUUCUACUCGACCCGGCCUGUGGCAUUUCAACAGUUAACUCCACAUUCCCGUGAAUCCUGUGAAAAUUUUUAUUUACUGCACUCGUGGAAGCUCUCAGAGCUCAAUAUUUAAAACGUUUGCGUAGUUAGGAGAACGUACUUGAAAUUGAUUACUUGUGUUAUGGUGAAAGACUGAUUUCUUCAAACAGAUUCGUUUGAAAUUGUAUUGAGCGUUGGUUGAGCGUUAAACCACCCGCCAAAGAAAAACACUCCCCCUGUAAAAUGACAUGUUUUAAAAAGCAAACAAACCACGUUCUAGAUUGUAACAUCUUAAUUUUUUGAUGUUAAUGUUUUUAGUGAGUGGUACUGUGUAAUUGCUGGAUGCAGACCAAUUGAGUCGCAGUUACGUACUACACCAGUGGCACAAGACAAACAUCCUUAACUGCUUAAAGGGCAGUGUACUCUGCAAAGACACUAUAAUUUCAAGUGGAGUAAUGCAAUACAAACUAUGUGUCACCUUUCACCUCGAAGAACUAUAUUUAUUACUAUGGUUGUAGACUGAAAUGAUAAAGGUGUAUGAUGUACUUUAGAUGAUUGUAUGUAUACUGUAUAAACUGACAGAAGGAUGUGUGAAACUGUAGUGUGCAUUGCCCGUGAAGGGGAGACUAUUUUGACAAUUUCACGUUUUUAGUUUGUGUGCAGAUUGUGACAUGAUGGCUAUAUUAUCACCAUGAUGAUUCUGGGUUGUUAAGCUCCUGUGCUUUUUCCACGUGAAUGUUUCACAUGGCUCACGAGCCAACAUUGCUGGUUGUCCUAUAUGCUUCAAUUACUAUAUUUUUACUGUGUAUAAAAUGUGUAUAUGUACAUAGAAGUCACGGAAAUGCCUUCUCAUGCAAUAUGUGCUGCCUGCCCCCUGCCAUGUUUCAGUUAUGUGGUGGUAAACUGUUUUCAUGUCUGAUUUUAAAGGAUUAAAGAUAUUUCUAUAA